AUGGAAGCAGGAGAACAAUAUCGUUUAUCUCAUCCACUUUCAAUUGGACGAAUUCAAUUUGAUCAAGAUCAACCACCUAUUGCUCUUGAACCAUUUACAUUUUCACCAUAUAAUACACAAAAUACAAUAACAUAUUAUGAAGCAUUUGGGGUCUUUAUUUACCUAUUACAACAUCAUUUCGUAUCAACUGUUAAACAAUUAAGAAAUAGUCAUUCAUUUAUUAAAGAUAUGGAUGAUGAAUAUCAAUUAUAUCAUCAAUCUGGUUCAUUUGUUCGUUUUCUUGUUUCAUGGUCAUCAUCUUACAGUUUACUUUCGAAAAGAAUAGCUCAAUUAGCAAGAGAUAUAGCUCAAGCAGGAUUUUGGAAGUCAAAAGAAGUUAAUAUAAUGGAUGCAUGGCUUGCUGAUCUUCAUUCAGUUGGUUAUUCAUUUCCAUCAAUUAUUUCACUAUCUUCACCUCCCAUAAUACAAAAACGAGCAGCUGUAUGUGUAACUGGUCUUGCUGAAUGCAUUCAAGACGCUUGGGUUCCAACUUGGAGUACUAUUCGUUAUCAUCUUCCAGGUAACAUUGAUGCAUUUCUUUUUCUUUCAUCGUCUCAUAAAUUAGAAAAGGUUCCGUUUGAUGUCAAUUUGAAACAAAUACGUGCCUACUUGAAUUCUACAGUAACUAUACUUUAUGAAGAUCGAGUUAUUAAUCCACAUAUACCAUUGAAUUGUAAAACAUUCUAUCAUCCAACUAUGAGUAGAUCACAUGUUAUACCUUACUAUCAACAAUUGUGGGGGCUUGCUGAAUGCUUCGAUUUAGUAAAAGAAUAUGAACAGAAAAUGAAUAUUCGUUAUGAAUUUUUAAUACGAGCUCGACUGGAUUCUGUUCUCAAUAGAGUUCCUCAAACAUUAGAACCCGUAAAUAAUUCGACAUUAGUUAUUCCAAAUGAAAAUGGUUUUGGUGGUUAUAAUGAUCGAUUUGCCAUUGGUUCCAUGUCUAUAAUGGAGAAAUAUAUGAGACGAUGGCAUGAUCUUAGUCGUUGUUACAUAGAAAAUUUACAUGCUGAAUCAUUUCUGAAAUUACUUUUAAAUCGAUUUAAUAUUAAUGUUCAACUUAUGAAAACAUUAUCCUAUGAACAAAAACCACACGGUGUUGGACAAUGUCACUAG